GCCUGUGAUGUCAUCAAUACGCGACUUAGCCGCACAUGGCUGCCCGGUGAAGUUUUGACAACACUUUCUAAGAAGGUCAGCAUGGCCAGGCAGUGGUCUGAAGGCCACUCCUCAUCCAUCCUGUGUGUUGGGGCGUCUUCAGGCCUCGAGGGUCUCCUUGCCUCGGGCUCUGAGGGCGGAGAGGUCACGGUCUGGAGCCAAGAGGGAACCAUCGUAGGCCGUGUCACACUCCCUGGUGAAGACGACUGCACGAGUGUUGUGUUUGGACCUGCUGCUCCAGGUCAGCUGUACGUGUCGCAUGGAGAUGCCGUCAGCGUGCUGGACCCUCGAAACCUGAAGGGCCCCGUGGAGGAGUUUCAUGGAGCAGGAGAAGAGGAGAUCAAUGCUUUGACAGUAAAUGAGACGGGGUCAGCCCUGGCGGUGGCUGAUGACUCUGGAGCGGUUCGGGUACUGGAGCUUCCCGGGGGAAAAGUGUGCAGGACUCUUCGUAGACACACUAACAUCUGCUCCUCUGUGGCUUUUAGACCGCAGAGGCCCAAUAACCUUCUGUCUGCUGGACUGGACAUGCAGGUGAUGCUGUGGGGUCUGCAGAAGACACGCCCUCUUUGGAUAUUAAACCUCCAGGAUGUAGCAGAGGAAGAAGAUGAUCAGCAGCAGCAGCAGCGUCCUGGCCAGCUGUUCAACCCGCCUCUGGUCCACUGUGUUUCUGUGGCCAGUUGUGGGAACAUUGUGGGCUGCGCUGCAGAGGAUGGACGUGUGCAUCUGAUGCGGAUUGGCAGUGGAUCUAAACUGGAACAGCAGGGAGCAGUUAAAGCCCACAGCCAGGGGGCCUCACAAGCUCACUUUGCGAGUUUCCUUUCCCAUCCUUACUGGCUCGUUACCGGGGGGAAUGAUGGCCAGGUCGUCCUCUGGGAGCUCAGUAAGCACCCAGUAGUGUCUCUGGAAGUAAAGGCCAGCGCCCCAGCAGCUCCUCGCAGGAAGGGUAAAAGCAAAGCCAAGAGGAAAGAACAAUCCCGGGACAAAGCAAAGACCCCGCCAAAGGGUGAGACUGAGAGGGAAGAAGCUGAGGGGGAGGAUGAAGUGGCAGAGGCAGCAGCAGCAGGAGCAGAGGAAGAGACGGAGAAGUCUGGGCUCAAACUCAGCAUCAGUCACGGGGACAAGGUGAACUGGUUGUGCCCCGUUGUACUGAAAGGAGAACCCAGCGUGGUGGUCGCAGAUCAGAGCUCCAGUCUGACAGUCUACCCUCUGUCCCCAAUGUAGAGUUAUUCUCUGCACAACAUGCUCUGGUCUAUUUAAUUUGCCUUAUUAUUAGUUUACAAGCUUGUUAGAUCAGCAAACACUCCUCUAUAUUUCAUCCUGUUAGAAAUGGUAACCUAAUUAUUUGGACUUUGAUCUUCUUAUUGGCAUCAUGUUGUCACACGAGGUUUAUCUCUCUUAUAAUAAAACUUUGAUUGUGCAGGCAGAAACCCACAUUAACGGCUGUUUUAAACCAGUAACCCUCACUGAAGCAUACAAAGGUUACAAAAGUCUCAUUUGUCUUGAGUUUUUACACAAUACGCAACACAGUUUAUGCGUAACUGUUCAUGGGGGUGCUAUUUAAAUGCGAGCUCUACUUAUUAAAUGUGGUUAAUAAGGGCUUUUAAAUGUGUGUGUGUGUGGGGUCCUAUAGUCCUUUGAAAUGUGUUUCACUGAAUGCAUUUUUGAAGGACUGCCAAACCACCACACAAGAGAAAAGAGAAUCUACUUAAUCCAAAUGAGACAGACAGAAUUUUAAUCAAGUUCUUAGCUAUUCACAAAGCAUUUAUCAGGCUUGAGACACGUGAAGCAUCUUAAAGACAGCCACAUGUCUACGUUUCAUAGACAGACACAGUCCAGAUUUCAAUCUGUAUGUGUUGAUGAUUGAAACAUGCUUGCUGCUUGUUUAUCCUCACAAGCUUAAUGUGUUACCCAUGGGGGCAAGUGCAUGUUUUGAAGGGGGAAAAAAAAGGAACAUUGUGCUUAUUAAUCAAUUUGCGUCAUCAAAAACUUUUAUAUUGUCAAUUUUCAAACAAGCCAGACAAGUACAAACAUACACGAAAUCCUAAAUCCAUACAUUCAAUGCAAAUGCAUUGUAUUCACGCAACACUUUCAGACAAAGUUCUUUCUUACAGAUAGGCAGAAAACUCUCUUAAUACCAGAAGAAAAAAAAAAAAGGCACAUGGCUGACUUCAAUAAAUGCAAUUCCCUAUCUCUCGGCUAUCCGUCUUAUCAAGCAGCUUGUAAAUCACGCUAGCUUAAAUUUAAAACAGAAAUGUUGAAACUCUUGUGACCUCUUCAAUGAUUUAAAUUGAAUUUAUGAACAGCAAUUGUUGUAGUUGAUGAAAAUAAUUUAAACUAUAUAUAUUUUCCAAAAAUGCC